AUGUCGGCAGGGUCCUCUCGGACUCGGCAAGCGGCAUCCGCCGCUGGUGGAGUGCGCCGCAUGCGUUGGACAAGGGAUAUGAACGCAAACGCAUUGCGGGCGUACUAUAGGGCGAAAGGGGAAGAAACUGCGGGGAUAGCGUAUCGGGCUCGGAUGCAUUGCUUUUUUGCUGAGCUGGAGCCGUCUAUUCCCGUCACGGAACAAAACCUGGCAGACCGAGUUCGGUACAUCAUGCGCUCGAAAAUAUUCGAUGAUGUCGAGCUCGAACGACUACGACGUGAGGCCAUUCCCUCAUCGAAUGAAUUGGCUACGGCUGGGGAUGCGGCUCCUCAGGCGACAGACCAGCUGCCACGCGUAGAAGCCGCCAUGGAUCUUCCAGUUGUGGUUGAUUCAGAUGAUGAUGAUAUGGUCUCCCACGAACUAGAGCAAAUGUGGAGUAUAUUGGAAGAGGCGAUUUUGGAAACGCGCAGCAUGCCUCUCGAAAAUCGACCGCGACUUCCUCGCAUACCUCUAAGCAAGCGAAAUCGGGCUGUCGUGAGGGCUCUUAACCCAAUGCUGGUAACCUAUUUGGAAGCCAGCCGGGACCUUUGCGAGACGGACUCAGUUCUUUUUGGCGCCGCAGUGGCAGCUUGCCGUAUUAUUGGCGCCAGACUUCCCAUGGCUGGACGCGCUUCUAAACAAAGUAGCGCCAUCCUAGCCUGGAGAAAAAGAAUUAAGGACCGUAUCGCAAAGGCAAGGGCCCUUAUCGGCAGACUGAUAAGCUUCAGGUCGGGUAAUAAUAGACCGAGGGUUGUGCGCACCGUUAGAAUGGCGUUUGCUGGGACAAAUAUCAGUUUGUCUCAGCCGGAUAUCACGCAGAAACUAACGGAGCGCAUAGACGACCUGAAGCAAAAGAUUGCUGCUUGGGGGAAGCGGAUUCGCCGAUUUACUGAGAGGUCAAGGCGGUUCAACCAGAAUCGUCUCUUCCAGAGUGAUCAGAAGAGGCUCUACAAAUCAUUGGAGCGACCAGAGUUAUGUGGAGCGGGCCCAGGACCGGACCAGGCUAACACUGUCGCAUUUUGGCGUGGCCUGUGGUCAGAGCCCGUAAACCACAGCGAGGGCCCUUGGACGGAAGUUGUGGCGAGUCAGUGUGCGAGGAUUACGCCCAUGGACCCCGUCAUCAUAACGCCGGAUGACGUAGCUGAGGCGGUCCGUAGAGCCCCGAACUGGAAAAGUCCGGGACUCGACGGACUGCAUCACUACUGGCUGAAGGGGUUCAUGGUGUGUCACGCUGUGCUCGCCCGUCAGUUUCAAGAGGCUCUCAACCAGAAGUCGCUCCCUAGCCUCUUCACUACUGGGAUCACUCAUUUGGUUCCUAAAGACCAGUUAAAGAUUUUGAGAGGGAAAUCGAUAUCACAACACGCAUAA